AGUGUAAAGUGUGUUUCAUGAUAAAUGUUGAUUCGAUUAAUUCACUAUUUUACUGGUGUCAAAAUUGGGUCAAACCAUUUGUAUACGAGACAGAGGUGGACACCAAUAUAAUUAUUUCACCCCAAAAGUGAUUAGUCAGAAAUGUAUUCAUCCACCGGUGUCUCUUGAUUAGAUUAUGAAAACAGAAAAAAAUAAAUCAUAUCAAACAAUAUUGAGGGGGGACAAACAAAGCCAACUCGAAAGUGACGUCAAAAUACUUGAAAUUGCUUCUUAAGUCGCCUAAAGUGACCCAAAAGCGCGGCUCAACUUUGCUCUAAAAUGUGCUUCGGAUUCCGGUCAAACGUGCCGCUUUUGCCCGACAAAAGUGUGCCUUUUCGGGGCUUUUCUUUCGCCGGGGCUCGGAGCUCGCCUAGUCGGCUGGCUGGGUGUCAACAUCCAGUGACGGCCAUGUUUGCCGGCGCCGCCGUAAACAACAAAAAAAGUGGGAGACAGACGCCUCGCUGAAUGUCGGGUCAUUUGGAUUUCUUUCAUUUACAAUGUCUCUGGGAAUGUCUUACAAGCCCAAUGCCCACCAGCACACUCCGGGAACUUCAGGGAACCAGGUUGGCAGUCUCCAGUCAGCAGCCAACCUGGGCCCGUUGCAGUCCUACAGGCCUCUGCUGAGUGACUAUGGACCACCUUCUCUGGGAUUCUCACAGGGCUUGACUGGCAGCCAAGUGCCUCAAAACAAAUAUGCCGAGCUGCUGGCCAUUAUUGAGGAGCUGGGCAAGGAGAUCCGACCCACGUACGCUGGCAGUAAGAGCGCCAUGGAGAGGCUCAAAAGAGGCAUCAUCCACGCCCGCGGCCUGGUGCGCGAGUGCUUGGCGGAGACGGAGAGGAACGCCAGGUCCUAGUGACAAUCACACAUUCCGUGCAAGGAGACUUCACAAUGCGUGUCUUGAAACAAAAGAAAAGGAAAAAAAACAAUCACCCAAAAUUGAACUUGCAUGUCAUUUUCCAAGUGGAGGGAGACAGACUGUCUCCAUCUUGUACUAAUGAGUCAAACUCUCAGCUUGUUUCCCCGUGCCCACUUUUGGGGAACUUAAAUUUCCUGGGUUUUUUUUUUCCCGA